AGAUUUCAAUACACAUAAGAAAAUAUAUUUGCUUAAGGCCCUUCAAAGUUGUUUGGUGAAUCAUAUUUUUCAUAAGUUUAGAGAAGCAAUAGCAGUAUAUCAUGGGCCGUUGGAUUAAGCCAGAGGUUUAUCCGUUAAUGGCUGCCAUGACAUUUGUGACAAGCAUGUGUGUCUUCCAGCUUACAAGGAAUAUGUUCUUGAACCCUGAUGUUAGGAUUAACAAAGCUCAUAGGAGCAUGGGAGUGCUUGAGAACAAAGAGGAGGGAGAGAAGUACGCAGAGCACUGCCUCCGCAAGUUCCUUCGGACUCGCCCACCGGAGGUCAUGCCUUCCGUCAACCACUUCUUCUCAUCGCAAGAUAAAUAGAUUAAUAAUUUGUUGUAAAAUUUAUCAAAUCAAAAGAAUAAAUUAAACAAAAUAUAUUAUCAUAAAUAAUUGUAUUCUUGUAUUGUACCUGUGGCUUUUGUUGCUAUAAAUGGUCGACAUUGAGUUGGUUA